GUCUAUAUGUGCAGGAUGAGACGGAGGCCGAAACGACUGGUCACUAUCACGGUUCAGCAAACGCAUGGAUGGACGAUGGAUGGGUGUGUCUGUAGGCAAAUCGAGCAGAGCAUGCCUUUCGGAAACACACUGUAACCUAGCUGUACACGAUGGACGCAGUGCUUGAGGUGGCACACACACACACACACACACCCCUAGCUGUUAGCACAAGGCACAGCAACGCCUGCCUACUGAGUACGGCCGAGAUGUCUCAUCGUCAUCAAAUAAAUCUGACAAAAAAUGAGAUGAGAAAUCCACCUGGAUGGAUGGCAGACAGAAAUCCUCCUAACGCGGCCAUACACGCACACACACACCUCCAUCGGCAGGCAGGCAGGCAGGCAGGCAGGCAGCAGAGCAGACACAACACCCAAACACGCAUGACUAGAGUGCCUUCCGACCUACCAUCAUGCAGUAGCUGUGUAGCUAGCUGUUCUUUGCUCAGCGACAAAAAUAUGCUCAACAUAUCAGUAGCAGACAGCCACGUCGUAGAUGGAUGGUACGAUGGCAGCAAUAGCGCACAGACACCGAUAAAAGACAUGCAGGACAGAGACACAUCAUGUGCUAGGGCACGGCACGCACGACGUCGACACAUCUUAGAGAGAGAGAUAGAGAGAUCGCCAGAGGAAUUACAUCAUCAUUAUCAUCAUCAUCACUACGAGCGUUAUACACACACACACACACCCAAGAAUACGCACACACCUGGUUGGUCGGUGGUCAGGUCUGCCUGAAGACCAAAACGACACACAGACAGACAGACAGACAGACGAGCGCACACUCUCGCGUUGCCGUGUCUCCUUCGCCUCGGUCACUGCUAAUUCAAUGACUAUAUGGUCUUCUCCCCACGACCAUCGAUCGAGUGAUAGCCAGCCGGUCUCCCACCGGCCAGCACAGACAGACAGACAGACAAGCUGGCCGUUCGAGCAGCGAUUUUGCCAGACAGUCAGUCGGUCAGUCGGGGUGUUCGGCAUCCCCGCCCUCCUGCUGCCUCAUCAUGGCGGCGUAUCGGCCCGCCAUCAUGUAGUCCGCCUGCACAUUCAUCCGAGACAUCUGACACACACACACACACACACCAUCCGAGAGCCCCAUGUGCAGGUCAGGUACGUACGGCCAGAGCCGCACACAGGCGUACGUACGUACGUACCUGUGGGAAUACGGAUGCAUCACAUAUAUUGAGGCCGUCGAUGCCCUUGACCCUGAAUUGGCUGUCGACCACCGUGCCCAUUGGCGCUGACCUGCAUCCAACCAUCCAUCCAUCCAUCCAUCCUCCAUAGACACAUUCACGCCUCUGUGUGUGUGUCUGUGUGCGUGUGGCUUGUCUGCUCUGAGUGGCCGACUCACUCACUGACCCUGUCCAGUGCCAUAUGGAGGUCCCAUGGGCCUUCGCGAACGUCGCCAAGGCCUUGUCGUCAAACAAGUCUGCACGCACACAGGCGGACAGACAGACAGGCACAGAGACCCACACCAAGAGUGCUGCACAGCACUCACAUUCCGCCAGUGCACUCAGUGCCCCAUACGUACCGACUGGCAGCGGAGGAAAGAUGGCAAACUGCUUGGCGUGCUCCAUCUGCGCCUUGUCCUUCGGCUGUGCGUCGCCAUUGCACCAUGGGCCGGCCAACGGAAUAUGAUGCUGACACGCCAGAUCACGCACACGAGCCGGAAGUGGCGGCAGCUCGCUCGCCAGCUGGGCCUUCUCCCGUAGCCACUGGAACACAGGCGACCCCUCUCCCUGCCACUCAGCUUCGGCUGCGCUGCUGCUCGUACUGCUGCUGCUGCUGCUGCUGUUGAGCACCUUGUCGCGUGUGGAUUGGACGAACUGAUAGAAGGGCUCCUGUGGGCUCUGUGGCGUUAAGGCAUAGGUGGAGGGAAGCGGCAGCCGCCUGGCCGCGAUGAGAAAGAGGUCCAGCAGGCCGUUGAGCACCUGUGCUGGGCACGACAAGGGCGAUCUCUUUUGCAUCAUGUCGUCGAACAUGCCGCUGCCGACGAUGCGCAGGGAGCGCUUCAGUGCUUCGACGGCCGUGUAGAGGUCGUGGCCACCGUGGUCGGUGUAGUAGCCGCCUGACACUAUCGGGCCGCCUGCAGGCAGACAGACAGUACAGAGAGGGACGGGGUCACACUCUGUCUGCCUGUGGGAUGGAAGGAGAUGCGCACCGUCUUCGUUGACAGUGACUUCACCGCGAGAUUGGACGACUGGCACGAAAGCGAAGAAGCCCGCUCCCUUCCUGCGCCACCACACACAUACUGGCUUGAUCGAUCGCUCUGAGGGUGCGUGUGUGUGUGUGUGUGUGUGGUCGGCAUGGGUGCCCACUUGAUGCACUCGAUUAGAGGGGAUAAUGGUGCGCACAGGAGGCUGGAAUCAUUGUUGCACGAAAUCAUGACCUCGACCAGGAAAUCCACCUCCCUGUAUAGCAGAAACACAGCGAGAAUGUUAUGUGUCGGGAAGGGCUCUCUCCUCUGUGUGUGUGUGUGUGUGUGUGUGUGUGGCCGUACGGGAGGCUCCUGAAUUCUGGGGGGAAGAACAGCCUGGUUGACCACAAUAAGCCCCACAGGCUGUCGGCGCCUUUGACCUUUGGACACAGUGGGAAGACAUGGAUGGAUGGAUGGAUGGCAUGCACACAAAUGGAUGUGUCUCACCUCUUCCUGGUUGAUGUAGGUGCAGGAAUCCUUGCUCACAGCACUCAGGCUGCACACACACACAGACAGACAGACAGAGCCACAAUGCGUCGCAUCGACCCCUCUCUCGCUCACUCGAGCAUUUCGCCUUGGUCGGCUUGGCAGUUGUCCCCCACCCUUUGGAGGCCGGAAUACGACGCGUAUGUGGCGGGCAGCCCAGGCUCAGGCAAGUCCUUGUCAAAGAAGACGACUAACGGGACAAAGUUUCGAUCGUGGAUGUUCUUGCCGAGCUCCUCGAUGUACUUGACCGCCUUCCCUCCAUUCUUGGCCACGACCUUGUCCACAACGGCCUUCGGCCCAACGCCCGACUUCAUCAGCAGCACCGGAGUGUAGAUGCUCCCUGCCGAUAGCCAGAUCUCGCCGCCAGGGUUCACACACAGCUUCUUGAACGAGUUCAUCACCCUCUCUGUAUCUCGCGGCUCCCUCUCCGUGCCUCGCUCGUUGGCGAUGGAGUCCACCGGCAUGAGCUCGUCAGGCGAGUCGCCGAAGACGACGCAGGCCGCCUUGGGGACGCCAUCGGCAGUCUCCUCGAACUCGAUCUUGAGCACGGUUUGCCGGUACCUCACUGUCAGCGCCCCGCCAUUGGCACUGAGGUCGCCCUUCAGCAGCACGUCACUCGCGCGGCGCUCCCUGUCUGGCGACAGCUUGUCUCCGUCGUAUUUGAAUAGGGAGAACGGGUUGAUGCUGCCCAUCUCAGCCUUCCGCUGCGUGCCCAGGUCGGGUGCGAAGCCGACCAUGGUGAGGGCUUGUCUGAAGGCGUCGCUGUACAUCGCGUCCUGGCCCAUUGGGUCGUUGGUGCGCUCCUUGACCCAGUUGAAGGCCUGGUAGCGACACACACACACAUAUAGAGAGUGACAGAGAUGUCUUGGCGCGUCGCUGACCUUGUUGAUGAGCUCCUCGUCGAAAUGGACCCCGUACUCCCUCUCUAGAAAGCGGAAAUACUCAUCCCUUUCUUCGAUUUGGAUGCCGGCACUGACGGCGAAUCGACCACACCCACACACACCCACACACACACACUUGCAGGUGCGCAAAUGUGCUCACGCGUCAUGAGUGUGACGACCUGAGAGCGGUCCCGCCCGAGAGGACAUUGGCAACAUGUGUGCGAAUCUUCUCCUUCGUCUUGACGACCUGGCGUCAUGUCCAGCAGACAUGUCCAGCACGUGAGGCAACGACCAUCCAGGUCUCACUCACCCUCACCCGUGCCUCCCUCGAUAUAUCAACCGACCUACCUGGGACAUAUGUGGGUUGUACAGCCCCAACCCGAAACCCUCGAUUGUUUGGCCCUCAAAGUUCUUCGGCUUGCUCCUCAGGUCGCCGCGCUCGUAAAGGCACACCUUGUGGCCGUUCUCGGCCAGCGAGAAGGCCAGGCCCGUCCCUGACGCGCCCCCGCCGAUGACAAUGUGGUCGAACUUCUCCUCGACGAGCGUGGGGAACUCCAAGGCAAAGUAGGCCAGUAGGAUCUUCGUCGCGCCCAGCACCAAGUAGCUCUCCCCUGCAGACACAGAUCCAGCCGAGCACGUUGGUCGCAUUGGUGUCUGAGUUUCUGCUGUCUGAUUCUGACCGAGCCACAGCUGCGUGAUGGGGUUGAUCAUCCUGAUCUCGUCAAUGACCUUGCUGAUGACAGGGAGGCCGCUGAUCGAGUAGUCCAGCACCACAGAGGGCUUCCCAUCGCCUCUGAGGGCUGUCACCGUCUCGUUGGUGUUGUACACUUCUGCCUGGAUCGCCGUACCGACCAACAACAGGAUGCUCUCGAGCGUCGUCCGCUUCGUCUCAGGGUCCGAGUAGAAGACCUUGCCGCCCCACACGAUUCGAGCGACCUGGGUGGGGAUUGGGCAGGCCGGUCCGCAGACGACCAGCGUGGGCAGGCCGGCUCCCUUGAGCAGCUCCCCUGGUUGCUCUGUCGACGGGAUGCCUGCACAGGAAAGCCAGCGAGUCAGUCUCUGUCGACAAUGAAAGCGGAGCGUUCCCUGCAUCAAAUCCAUCACUUCUUACGGAUUGAGCCGCCCGCAGCUCCACUGGCAAAUAGCUCCUCCAGUUGUGGACGUGAAGCAUCCCUGAGGUCUUCGAGGUGAGCUGGCGGGCGGUUCACGACCUCGGGAGUCCCGAUCUGGCCGAAACAAGUCGCCAGGCAGCUGGCGACCAGGAUGACACUGAGCACCCCAGCCGAUGGCGAUGUUGCCAUUACUCAGCCUCUGAGUGGACCCUUGGCACGCAGAGAGGCGGUUCGGUUCUCGUGAGGGAAGCUGAAGAUCUGACAGGUGGGCCGCGGCCCUCUGCGUCAAUCUGUCAGGCGACAAGAUAUCGGUGGGCGAGAACCUCGGCGGGCAGCAUUGGUGCGAUGGGCGCGGUCCCACGCAGCCUGCAUGUCAGAACA